CUUCCCAUCAGCCGCAGAAAUCUUAGUUUCUCGCGAGCUUCUCAGGUCUUUUUAACGGGCCGGCGCCGGUUACGAGGCCUUGUUCUGUUGUGCGAGGCGAAGGGACGCAGUAAUAGAAACUAGAACCAGAACAUGGCUGAUUCUGAUGAAAUGGAAAGCGUGUCAGACUCAGAAGGUCACAACAAUGGCUGCUCCUCCGAAAAUACCGCACAGUUGAAAACUUCCUUAGCUGGUGCUUCACCUGACAACCAAGUUUCAGAAAUCAGGACCAAGUCCAACCUGAAUUCACGGAACCACUCAAAAAAGAAAGUGGGAGCUCCAGCUCUAGCGAAGCGAGCUAAGUAUCGCCAAGCACAGGGUCAGUUUAAGUUGCCUAAACCUAAAAUUGACCUCAGAGCCCUCUUUGACUACCACUUCCGAAGGAAGCAGGAUAAGAACUGCAAAAGAUGGAGGCCAAGUAAUAAAGCUAGAUGGAAAGCUCCACGAAAGCAGUCAUCAAAAAAACGGAUCAACAAAAAAAAGAAAAGGCAUCCGCCUAAAAAGAGGCCCCUUCCAUUUCCUCUUGUAGAAAAAAUCUAUGGAAGGAAACAUCUUCCUUUAAAAAUGGUGGAGCUUUAUGAGCUCGCAGCUUUGAAAGGAUAUUUCAAAUACAUUGAAAUGCUUAAGUAUGAGCAUCACCUGAAAAAAUCUCUGACACAGCUGAAUGCUGGGGAUGAACUGGAAAAUGAGUGUCUGGAGUCACGGAAGCACAAAUAUCUGGAUGAUGAUGGACCUCUUUCUCCCAUUCAAGAAACAAAGGAAGAUGACCCCAGUGAGAAUCCUGAUGAACAAAUUGGCGCCAGGGUAGUGGACAACAGCUGUUUCAUAUUAAGUAGCAAAAUUCCCAAGAAGUUCAAGAAGAAGACAAGGAUUUAACUAGUUCUGUGGUGAGCUGCUUGUGGAAAAGUAGAACAGAAAUGACACAGUGUUAUUGUUACUCGGUUAAGCAACUAUGAAGUGAUCUCGACCAUACCUUUCUAAGUGAGGGCUCUAAGACCACAUGGGAACAGCAUUUGUUGAUGGCACCAGAUUGCAGGAAGAAAGAUUACUUAAGUUUCUUGAUUGGAAACAUCCCAUUUAUACCUUUGGACUCAAGAAUUGCUUCUAACUUGAAAUUUUUUGAGCUUAUAGGAAAUGUACCUGUUCUAGUCAACUUUCUGUUUUCUUUUUGUAUGGAGACUUUGGGUACACUAGGCAUUUGGCACAGCUACCUGAUCUGGACUCAACCUUAUCCUCAAAUCUAAUGUUUAGAUGUGAGAAAGCUGGAACAAUAAGCUGAAACAAUAAACUGAAACCAAUAUGCCAACUGCAGCUGUUGCCUGAGAUGAGCUGCAGAACUGUCCCCAUGGCUCCUUCAGUUUUAUUAGAAUCUGGAUUCUCCAGUACCUGCGGAGCAAGAGAGGUUCUGGCAGUGGCUUAUGCUUUGCAGCAUUUUUCUCUGCUGCAAUAUUUGGUGGUGUCCACAUUUUCUAAUUACUUGUACCACAUGGCCUUAGCUUUUGUUUUAAGUGGAGAUCUUUUUGACAGGCUUUCUUGACAAUUUCUAACAAAAUCCAUGGCUUUAACUUGACCUGAUUGCUGAUGUAAACUGGAAACUUUGAAGGCUUGUGGACAAGUCAGACAUGGCUUAAGUUGCAGUAUGGCCUAGCUGGGCUGAAACCCCCCUACUGCUGCUGUAAAUGGAGUUGCUGCAUAAAAAAGCAAUACCGAUCUUGAACUUCAUUUGACUUGGAAAAGGAAAAAUGAUUUGACUGGCUUAUGCAAGAUCAUUCUUGGAAAUAAGUUGAGGAAAAAGAAUCUUGAUUGGCUCAGACAGGGGCUGAUUCAGUAUAACAUUGUGAAAAGUUCUUGUCUUGAAGACAGACCAUUUUAUGAGGAUAAGACACAGCAGCAGUUGUGAAAGAAACAGCUGCUACAGUCUGAAGGAAUCCAGUUGACGUACAUCUGUCUCCUAAAUAAAUCAGUAAGAAGCUGACACCGUAACUUUGAAAAGCUGGCUCUUUAGGUGAGAAAUGCGGCACAAGUACAGUGAAACUAUUCCAGCAGCGGCGAUGGAAGCAUUGAGGCAGGGAUAUUGUUGCAAUCUUCCAGGAUUGUCAAAAGCAGCUAAUAAGCUCUUCAUCAAAAUCAUCAAUGGAAUUUGCAAGAUAACUGCUAAAGGUAUUGAACCCUGGAAGAACAACUUAGGACACCACAAUACUUUUUCCAUCAAAUAUUCUGACUUUAAACAACUGUUAAAUUCCUUUUGCUGAAUUGCAGCUCAUCUGCCAUUUGCUAACCAGUGAUAGGAUUGUAAUUAAGCAGCUGUCCAAUAAACAAAUCUUUAAAAACAAA